UCCUCUCUCUCUCUCUCUCUCUCUCUCACAACUUCUCUCUAGCUCUCCCCACUCCCGAGUCCCCAUCUAAUCGCAGACAUGGAGGAAGAAGGAGAAGUAUGGACGACGGAAGAGGAAGAACAAACAUACACAGCUCACCAUACAACGAUGCCAGCCGGCUUGAUAGAAGAAGAAUUCGAAGAAUUGAAGCCGAUCAUCAACGACUUCCACACGUAUCGUAUCGGCUCGAGCAAAUGCUCAUCUCUACUCGCCCAACGUAUACAAGCUCCGCUGGACACAGUCUGGUCCGUCGUCCGUCGAUUCGAUAAACCGCAGACGUACAAGCAUUUCAUCAAGAGCUGCUCGCUUAAAGAAGGGUCCCAGUCUCCCACCACCGUCGGAUGCCUGAGAGAGGUCAACGUUAUAUCUGGGUUACCGGCGGCGACCAGUACGGAGAGAUUGGAUAUACUGGAUGAUGAGAGACACGUGACAGGUUUCAGCAUCAUCGGCGGAGAGCACCGGUUGAGGAACUACCGAUCGGUGACGACGCUGAACGAGUUCAGAGGAAGUGAUGGGAGGAUCUGGACUGUCGUUUUGGAGUCGUAUGUAGUAGAUGUGCCGGAGGGGAAUACCGACGAUGAUACUCGCAUGUUUGCUGAUACGGUGGUGAAAUUAAAUCUGCAGAAGCUGGCGUCGAUGACAGAAGGUUUAGCUUGUGACAACGACAGAAGAAACACAGGUGCGUGAUAAAAAACAAAACCAAAAAAAAAAUAAAGAAAGAAGAACCGAAGAACAAAAUGAACAUCGAUCUUCCCACGUUUUCACUCUUUUCUGUUCUUUCCCAAGAGAAAUUACAAAUGAUGUCGACGAAGGCUUCCAUUAAGAUGGCCGGAAUGCUCUGUACUUGGUCUGAAAUGUGCCAUUUUCUUUACUCAAACAAGUUAGGAGCAUGUUGGUCAAUGAUCAUAGUGUUUAAAGAAAUGGAGAACUUUCGUUUCUCUUUUGUUUUCGUUUGUGAAUGUGAUGGGCAAGAGUGAAGGAAAUGCUUGGAUAAAGGGUGGACAAUGGACGUCUUGAUGAUUCUCUCCCUCCCUCUCUCUCUCUGUCUCUCUCUCUCUCUCUUGUCAGUGGGUGGGUGAAAACUGAAAACUGAAAAAAUUGGGUUCAUGGUUAAUUUUGGAAAUUUCAAUUUGUUACAGUUUCUCAUGCA